GUUCGCCCUACAGAGACGCCAUUUCGGAAUCCAUACUAAAACUACAGAAAUCCCAACAGCUGGACAUGUUGAAACGCCGCUGGUGGAUGGAGUACAACAUCUCAGAGCCCUGCACAAAUUUGAAGGAUGCCAGCAAGGAGGCCAGUCCGUUGGAUAUUGAACAAGUCGGCGGUGUCUUUGUCCUCCUCCUAAUUGGCUUCUUCUGGGCAUUCAUCGUCUCCAUAAUUGAAUUC